AUGCUGCCAAUAGCACGAUAUUCAGCCCUUCGUGCGAUCCGAUUACUCUCUACCACUCUUCCCCGGUCUUCGUCGUUGCCCAUCCUCCGCCUUCUCUCCACACUAGCGGUCCUAGAACAAAUAGAUGGAAAGCUAAAUAGUGGCUCGCUAUGCGCUGUAACGGCAGGGAGAAAGCUAGGCGGGUCAGUCACGGGUUUCGUUGCAGGAAGCAACGUCAAAGUUGUGGCGGAGCAAGCAGCAAAGGGAAAGGGGAUGGAAAAGGUGGUAAUGGUUGACAAUGGAGCUUAUGAUAAGGGUCUGGCCGAGAAUUUUGCUCCGUUACUUGUGGAGAAUAUAAAGAAGGGAGGAUAUACACAUGUUAUUGCAAGUCAUUCGGCUUUUGGGAAGAGCCUUCUGCCUCGAGUAGCUGCGCUGUUGGAUGUGCAGCAGAUAUCAGACGUCAUGUCAAUACAAAGUGAAGACACGUUCGUCCGUCCAAUCUAUGCUGGCAACGCCAUCCUAACCGUCCAAUCUACUGAUCCCAUCAAAAUCCUAACCGUACGCACAACCUCCUUCCCCGUUUCGGAAGCCUCCGACAGCAAAACCGCCUCAAUUGAAGAAGGCACCGAUCCCAAAGCCCCAUCACCCACAGAAUGGAUCUCCGAAGACCUUGCCACCUCAGACCGCCCCGAGCUCGCCACAGCCGGCAGAGUCGUCUCCGGCGGGCGCGGUCUUAAGUCCAAAGAGGAAUUCGACAAGCUCAUCCCUCCCCUCGCCGACGCAUUAGGUGCUGCGAUCGGCGCAUCCCGCGCAGCAGUGGAUAGUGGGUUCGCAGAUAACAGUUUACAGGUCGGACAGACGGGGAAGAAUGUCGCACCGCAGCUCUAUCUGUGUGCAGGCAUCUCGGGGGCGAUUCAGCAUCUGGCGGGUAUGAAGGAUAGUAAGGUCAUUGCCGCGAUUAAUAAGGAUGCUGAUGCGCCGAUUCUUCAGGUGGCGGAUGUGGGACUUGUGGGGGAUUUGUUUAAAGCGGUGCCGGAGUUGACGGAGAAGUUGAAGAAGGGAUAG